UCAUCUGUAGUCUGACAAAUUCCAGCAGCUGUGUUGAGACUUGUGCUGUCUGGGCAGGGCUGACCGAAAACAAGUGUGGGAGAGGAUUGCAGAAGGAGAGACGGGAGGACGGCGGAAAUUCCUACAGAGUAGAACAGAAGCUGGAGAGAAGUGGAUCGGCGGUCGAGCGAGCAAAUGGCAUAACUGCUACGAAGGCUUAGGAACAAAAAGACACGGGCAAAGUAGAAGGAUAAAAAACCUGAAUAGUACUGGAGCUGUCGUUCUGAGUAGCUAGAACUUAGCAGCAAGGUGCGAAGUGACCCAAGAAGUAGAAUUGUGCAGAGAGAAAGCGGCACAAACUAGGAGCAGAGAUACAGAACUUGAACAGGAGGGGAAACGCAGACCAUUAUGGAAUGCUGAAUACAACGGGAACUGCAAAAUUGAAAGGGUAAGAGAGAAGCAUCAAACAUAACCAGACUGAGAGAAGAUUUGAAGCCCUCCUGUUGCUCUCUCUUCUUUUUCCUCCAUGGCGGUCCCAAUUGGAGUGGAGGACUUGGCACAAGACCUGAGCUGCUCCAUCUGCUUGGAGCUCUUUUCCGAUCCCGUCAUCCUGGAGUGUGGGCACAACUUCUGCCAGGCCUGCAUCACACGCUACUGGGAAGAAAUCCCCGCCGACGGCGGGGAAGACGCGCCCCUGCCCACCUGCCCGGAGUGCCGCUGCGAGAUACCCGGGGGCAAGUUCACGGCUAACAGGGUGCUGGGGCAGCUGGCGCAGAAGGCGAUGGAGUCCCUCUCGGCCCACAACAGCGACGAAGACGCUGAACUGGAAAAGGACGAGGAAGUGGAAGGAGACCUAAUCUUCUGUCUAGAAGACGGCUGUCUGGCAAGGGUCUUGCAACCGGAACACUGGGGGCACCAGUGUCUUCCUCCGGAUGAGGCUGUAGAGCACUAUAAGGAGAUCUUGACGGCGUCUCAAGCGCAGCUGGAGUCCAGAGCCCAGGCGGCAAAGUCGUUGCAGGAGACGAGUGCCCAGAAAGUCGCCGAAAUCACGGCCCAGCGGCUCCGACUGGAGCAGCAUCUCUCAGCCCAGUUCUUUGAGCUCCACCAGUGGCUCCAGGAGAAGGAGGCGGCCAUGAGGAGGGAGCUUCGGCAGGAGGAGGAACUACUUCUCAGCGAGCUGGAAACCAACCAGCGCAACGGGCAGGAGCAAAUCCGCGUGGCAGAGGAGCAUGUGGCGAAGAUCCAAGCUCAGCUGAAGGAGCAGCAAGACCCUGAGAUGUUCCUGAAGAACAUCAAAGCUUUUGUGGAGAAGUAUUGUCUCAGUGGAGAGAAAAAGCCCGUGAUGCCAGUGGUCUUCCGGGAUUUCAGCCUGGGCCAAUUUAAAGGCCCCAUUCAGUACACGGUGUGGAGAGAAAUGCUCCCGGCUUUGAGACCUGCUCCGUGCCGGAUAACAUUGGAUCCUGCCACUAACCAUCCUAACCUCGUACUCUCCAAGGACCAUGGCAGUGUACAUUUGGUUGACAACCCCGAGGAGGAGGUCCCAGAUGGACCGGAGAGGUUCAGCAAGUCGGUAUGCGUUCUGGGCGCUCAGGGCUUCACGUCGGGGCGUCAUUACUGGGAAGUCGAAGUGGGCGACAAAACCAGCUGGGACGUUGGCGUGGCCAAGGAAUCGGUCAACAGGAAGGAAGCCAAAGUCACCGUCAAGCCCAGCAAUGGAUUCUGGGCCAUCUGGCUGCGGAACGGCAGUGAAUACAAAGCUCUUGACUCUCCCUCUAAACCGCUGGCCCUCAAGGACAAACCUCAGAAGGUGGGGGUCUACCUGGAUUAUGAAGGGGGACAGGUCUCCUUCUACAACGCUGAUACCAUGGCUCACAUCUUCACCUUUUCUGAUGCUUUCUCUGAGCGCCUCUACCCCAUGUUCAGCCCUGGGUUCAAUAAGGAUGGGCUGAACGCCGAACCUCUCCGCCUUCUGUCCUCAAUAUGAUAGCCAGGACUGUGUGUAGGGUUCACUGAUAGAAAGGUUGCUUGAGUUGGACGUGAGAACAGUCUGGGAAUUCUGAUUUUUGUCAUGGUGUUGAAGCCAAUUAGUUAUGGACUGGAUUGGCCCUUGGAAGAGAGACUGUUUGGAGCUACCAAGGUGGCUAUCAAUAAAGAUACGAAACAGGAGAACACCAAGAUACCUGUCCUAUUUUCCUGAAUGUCACCACCUCCAAUAUGGAUUAAAGACAUUGACUGUUGCCGUAUAUUUGAGUGAGAUCAAUUGGCAAUUUUAAUUUCUGUUAAAGGGUUUAGUAUGUCUCUUUUGUAUCUGUGGAGGGUUGCACCCUUGUUGGAUAAUAUAUUCACAUGUUUUGGCAUACAUACAACUGUGUCACUUGA